AUGUUGUUUCUCGGUGCCUUAGCGAUCGGUAUGAUAACUGGACUGCAGAAUGUCACCACGGAGGUGGGCACCACUGGCAGUGACGUCACAGAAGCAGCUGCGACAGAAACGAGCAGCAGCGCGAUGGGGUUGUUGGAGACGACAAAGUUGUCGGGCUCUCAAGGCGGGGACUUUGUGAACGUAACUUUACACGAGCAACCGUCAAUGUGGGACUUGUAUUUAAAGCACUGCCCGAAGUGGAAGCCGAUAGAUAAUGUGUUUUUUCAAGUGGCUAAUGUGUUUAUUUUGCUAUCGUUUUUGGCGCCACACACGCCAACAGGGCUGGUCUGGAUGCGUGUUGGACUAGUGCUGGGAUGCGCUUUCUCUGGUGUAUGGGCAUGGAGCAUAGAGUGUUUCCUUGAUGGAGUGCUGUGGAAUGCAACAUUUGUCGUGAUUAACUUUGUCUACUUUUCUGUGCAAUUUUAUUUGAUAAGACCCAUCAAAUUCCACAAGGAUAUUGAAGAGGUGUACAUAGCAUUGUUCAAGCCGUUGCGCGUGUCGCGGCGGCAGUUUAGGAGGGUGCUGAUGUGCAUGAGGAACGUGCGACAUCUCAAGUGUCACGAGCUGUACGCCCACGAGAAGGUCACCAAAGUGGAUAGCCUCUCGCUCGUGCUGUCCGGCAAGCUGGUUGUGUCGCAGAAUCAACGUGCUCUACACAUAGUGUUCCCACAUCACUUCCUGGACUCGCCGGAGUGGUUCGGCGUGUCUACAGAUGAAUAUUUCCAGGUGUCAAUAAUGGCGAUGGAAGAAUCUCGCGUGCUUGUGUGGCAUCGCGACAAGCUAAAGCUGUCCAUAAUGUCGGACGAGUUCCUGCAGGCGGUGUUUGAACACAUACUAGGGAGAGACGUAGUGCACAAGCUUAUGCAGGUGAGCGAAACGAUGGCAGUGAGCAAUGGCCACCUGCCGAACAGCUACGAAGAGGGCGAGGACAAGCCCAUGCUCGUCGUCAAGAAACCCGGCGACGGACCCGGCAUCACCGCGCUGCUCAACCGGCAGCUGCAGGCAACGGACCCAAAUGCGUGGCGUCUCGGGCGGAUCGAAGAGACAGACCACGAGACGCCCGUCUGA